AUGGCAAGCAGGCUCCCAUUGACACCAUUGCCUAAGACUACAAAGCGCAGUCUGCAGGCCGAACUCGAAGAGAUAAGGAGUUUUCAGCGUCAACGUGACGCCGUCCUUGGGGCCCUCGCGGCACCGGGACAAGCCCACAAUGUGCUUCUGCGUUUGUGGAGCGGCGAAACGUUUGAGAGGAUAUACGAGAAACUUGAAACGCACCACCCGGCAUCCCCAACUACCGGCCAAGGGUCGGACGCUUUAAGCCGAACCCCACAUAUCAAGGAGGACCCAUUCUCGACCCUUACUCAGACACCUCUUUGCUCUCCUCCAAUCCUAGACUACUCAAACUCGACGGACUUACACGGGUCAGAAACCAGUUACAUCCAGAGCGCUAUCGAGAACCAGAAUCCGAUAUCCGACGGCACGAAAGUAGAGGCAGACGGAUUGAUGUCAUACCUCGAGGCGUUCAUGCUCAGCCACAUGGCUCUCCCGCAUGGUGUGAAUGAGUAUGAUACCACGGAUUAUACGCCGACAAUGCCGUUUGGCCCGUUCAUGGAAUAUAAAACUCCGCUGAUACAUCCUAACACUCACUACUCCGGCCAAACCUAUCCUAUGGACGACGUCGGCAACGUCAACUGGUGGGAGCCAGGGCUUUCUGGCCCUGUACUGGCAAGCUAUACCGUCUCUUCGUCCACAAAUCACAGCGCUUGGCCGUAUCCUCAAUUCCCAGCACCUGAUAUCUCAAGCCAAGCACAAGCUAGUCACUUACAGCCGUCCCCGAUGCAUUCCCCCGAAAAUAAUGGCUCGCCUCUGAUAUCUCGUUCUUCGUUAUGGGGACAAUCGCACCGCAGCAAUGGCUCAAGCAUCGCCAGCGCAGGUGAAAGCCUGUACUCGACUCUUCUACCCCCGAAGAAACGAAAGCUUGAGGUCAACGAACAGGACUCCUCAAUCACCGCUGGCACUAGGAACGACAAUAAAAAGAAUCACAAAACCUCGACAGACUACAAGGCCCAGAGCAAGUCUCCUGUUCAGGAAGCUCCAUCACACGACCGCGAGCGUUACAGGCAGGCCUCGGCUCGUAACUGGCAAAAAAAAAAGCAACAGACUACAGACCUCGAAGCAGCGAUGAAUAUUGCCGAAGCCCGUAACUGCGAGCUUCACGGCGAAUACUCCGAAGUGUUGAGUCAAGUCAUGGAUGCCAAGAACGCUCUCAUGGACCACGCCAAGUGCAACCAUCCGGCUAUAAGCAGCUGGCUACGCUGCCAGACGACUAAAUACGUGCUAAACAAGGGUGCUGCAGUAGACAGGGAACAGAAGGACCAAUAUGAGCUGGGUGACAUGGCGGCGCCGGCGUACCCAGUGGGUCGGAAAAGAGCCGCCUACAGGUGA